AGUGCAACACGGAGCCGCGACCAAGUCUCAUCGUCGAGGAAUCGAGUUGUAGAUGAUACCGAUCCUCGGCGCGAUCUUCGCGCGCACGCGGACGAAUAUGGGAUCGUGCGUUGCAUAAUAAGAAGAUCGAGUGUUUUCAAAUCUGCCUUGCUUGAAGGCUGAGGAAGAAUAACGAUAUCGAGAAGCCGACGAUAGACGAGAAAUCGACUCUAUACGUGCAUUCCUACAAGGUGCUGGAUUCAAAAUCAUGCGUUCGUCGUACCUCAGAAUGUCGCGGAGGAUCAAUAUCUUCGUGUUGCUUGUCCUGCUCGAGCUGACCACGUCGGCUAUGGUCCUGCCGAGGCCGCCCUCGUCGCAUCCUAAUCGCAUCCGUCAGGAUCAGGAUUUGUCGGCGCGCAAAGCGCUCGAGGGCAAGUCCCUUCACGGCGUCCCCGCGCGAGACGUCAACAUAGAUAGACCCGAGGAUUACAGACUCGUCGAGAUCGAGCUGCGAAACGCGGACGAGAUGGACGCGGCGAAUCUGCAGGGUCUCGUGCACGCGAUGCUGAAUCAGCAGCAGAUCACCAGCGAGCAGUCCCAAAUACCCAGCGAACCCGGCUAUCCGAAUCCCGAGGUGAUCCCGCACUCGAUCCUCGGGGUGCGCGACAUGGGGCUGAGCCCCAACUAUCGCCUCGACACCUUCGACGAUGACAAACCGGUCCUAUUGAGAGCAUCGCCGAAGCUACAGAGCCUCGACGAGAAGCUGUACUAUUUAAAGAGCGGUCGUCCCAGAGUGUACGUGAACGUUCGCGGACACAGUGGCUCCUUUCGCAAGAAGACGACGACCUUGACGGCGACCCCGAGCGAGGGCGCGGUGGGAUAUCUUAGGGUGACGAGACCGUUCGAGAGGCAGACCGAUUGGAAGAUACGGGAUAGGAAAGCUCGGCCGCCCAAGAAGUUCGAUCGUCGCGUUGACGGGGACGUUUCGUCCAAGGGCCAGGAGGUAGGUAGUAAGACGAAUGAUGAAGGGACGUUAUACGAACGAGCGGACGAUCCGUCGACGACGGAGAAUUCCAUGGUGACGUCUAGCGAACUGCCCAAACAGAUACCCGCGCCGCCCAGCAAGAUCCGCACGCUGAUGGCGCAGACCACACCUGUGCAAAGGUACGCGUUCAGGAGGACGGAUAUCUUGCCGGGAUACGGCUUCGUCGAGGAAUAAUUUGGGAUGAAAACUGGCGCGAAAUAUCGAUUUCUUCGCGAAGAAAUGCUCACGCAUCUCUCGCGUUUGGAAACUCGGAAGUACAAAAAAUUACGACCAAAAAGAACGAUUGACGCGGCAGAAAAAUUUUAUGAAGUGAAGUAAUUAUGCCCGUAUCGCAAGCUUUAUAAAGAGCACGGUAAAUAAAAGGUCACGUAUUUAAUCAUCAUUUAGGUAUAUCGUAGGGAGGAGUAUUCUGAGUAAUUCCUUGCAAGAAUCAAGUGGCAAACGACAUUGAUUUAGGAGAUAUAGGAGAUCCAGACAGCAUACAAUAUUUAUGAUAAAUAUUCAUAAAUAUUUUUUACUAUUUAUUUUUUGAAAUAUUAUAUAAAUAUUUUAUAUAUAUUUUGUAAACAUUGAAAGAAAAAAAUCGUAACAAUAUUAUUCGAUAUAUUAUUAAAAUAUGAACUAAAUAUUUUAUAUAAUAUUUAUGGUAAGUAAAAAAUAAAAAUUUAAUAGUAACAUUUUGUAAGGAUUUUUCAAUAUUUUUAAUAAAUAUUUUUAUGAUAUUUAUAAUAAAUCUUUAUGAUUUGUUAAAUCUAAGAUAUUUAUAAAAUAUUUAUAACAUAAUAAUGCAAAAAUAUUUAUAAAAUAUUUUGAUACAUAUUUAUAAAAUAUUCAAAUAAUUAUUAUAAAUAUUCUGUAUAUAUAUUUUAUAUAUAAAUAUUGUGUGCUGUCUGGGUAACAAAUUAAAUUUUCAUAGUUUUAAUGCCUUUUCUCAGAGUAUUAUAAAGUAACAUUAGAAAAAGUAAAGUUUGUGUACGUUGUGUUUGUUGUUAAAGACAUGGAAAAAGUGUUUGUUUACAUUUAUGAGAUACGUACGUGGUGAUAGAUAUUUUGUUAUCAAUAAUUGAUUUUGUUUACUUCUCGCAGUUCUUUAACAGCUUUCACCGCGACUACAUGAAUUUCUGUGAGUCUUGUCUUGAAGAAUAUUAUUUAUUCAUUGCUAGAAUUUAUUAAAAUUCUAAUUUAACCCAACCCAACUACUUGUAAAACUAAAAAUAAGUUUGGAUUUUUUUCCGGAUAGAGACGCAAGGGAAGGGGCUUCUCCCCUCCCCCAGUCCACACGUAAAUAUUGUGAACGGUUUUCUUCAGUCAAAAAAUAACAGAUUAUUACAGCACAAACUUUAAUGUCAAACUUAAAUAUUGAAUAUUAAAUACUGAUUAUUGCAGAACAAACUUUAAUAUCAAACUUAAAUUUGAGGUGUGACCUUUUAUGCGCAUUUACCAAGAGCACUAAUAAAUAAUUACUUUUUCCAUUUCUUUCGUCUUUUACGUAGUAAUUAAAUUAAAACUUAUAAAUCCGACAUUUUCCGAGUGUCACCGAAACCUUGGAAACCUCGAUGAGAGUUAGCUGUGAUUGCACGAAAAAACAUUAUCUUGCCUCGGCGAAAAUCUAUCGUCAUUAAAUUUGACGAGUCGUCGGCCUUAAGAGUUUAAUUUAUAUACCGGGUAUGAGAGACAACUUAUGAUGUAUACAUAUAUAAGAAUACUAUAUAUAUAUAUAUAUAUAUAUAUAUAUAUAUAUAUAUCAUUAUUUAUACAGAUUAAUAUAUAUGCUUGUAAUAGAUAUACAUAUAUAAUUGUCUAAUAUAAAAUUAAGAUAAUACAGUAUAAAUAUAUUAAUUUGCAACGAUAAGUGAGAAAGUAUUCGCAUGCUGAUAAAACAUUUUUACUUUCUUCUAUUCUUUGACAA